CUCUCUCUCUCUCUCUCUCUCUCUCUGUCUCUCUCGCUCGCUCUCCCCCUCUCCUCCUCUCUAGAUUUUCUCAGAACCAGGACCAUUUCCCCCUCAUUAUCGACUCCUUGGAUCCUGGGUGAGGUUAAAGCGUUACAAGAAACCCACCAGUCCAUCCCUGUUCCCGCCUGCAGGAGCUGAGGGACCGACGCAGCACUUAUUGAGCGUGGUUUGGCGUGUGGCCCCAGCUGGUCCAUCUCGGAGGCGGUUUGUGUGUGGCUGGGUUUCAGAGUGAACUGACCGGAGACCUGUGGCUGCCAGCAUGCGAAGGCUCUUCCCCAAGGUGGUGAUCUGCUCCACCCUGCUGCUCCUGGUGGUGCUCAGCACCGUGUACGCACAAUCCGAUUGUUCUCAGGCCCAGUCAUGUGACAUGUGUGUCGGAGAUUCCAUCCUUAACCUGACCGGCUGUAUCUGGAGGCUAUGUCCCAAUGGUAACGAUACAGGCAUGUGCCUGACGGAUCAGGGCGACUCCAACGACAACUCACUCAACUGUAGUUGGACUAAUAAUUCUGACCUCUGCACAGUGGUGGAGACGGGAGGCGAAGGAGGAGCUCAAGGUGACUCAGGCGGGGAUAGCAGCGUUCUGUCCCAGGCCAAGUUCGACAUGUCCAGCUUCGUAGGGGGCAUCAUCCUGGUCCUGUGUGUGCAGGCGGGGGGCUUCUUCGCCAUGCGUUUCCUCAAGUCCAAAGAGCAGAGCACCUACGACCCCAUAGAGCAGCCCGUUCAGUGAAGGCUGAACAAGCGGGAGUUGAAAGAGACAAGAAGGGUCCGGGGAAGAGAACGAACGGUGACUCAUCGCCUGGAGCUGCUUAUGUUAAACAACGAUGAAAAAGCACUUUUUUUUCAUGCGCUGACUGACACACUUAUUAAUGUUUCAUUUUAUUUUAAUUGGUUCAAUUGUUGUUAUUUAUACUAUUGGCUAUAUGGCGAUUGUGUCCGCGAAUGUUUACAGUUUACAUUCAAUGAAAACGUUUUUAGAAGAUAAUUAAUUCUAGAUAAAAAGAGUAGUAUUAGAAAGUAUUGAACAUUCCUCUACCAAAGAUAAUUAAACAUAUGCAAUCCAUCUAUCAUCCAACCAGUGUCAUCAUAUAAUUUUUGAUUGAUUGACUGAUUGAUUGAUUGAUUGAAACUUUUUUGUGUAUUUUUGUUUGAAACUUUGUGUGUUUUUUUAAUAUAUCAACUUCAAACUCCCUUUGGAUGUGUUGUCCCCCCGCUUGACUCAGAGGCUUAUUUGAAUAUGUCAACCGCACUCACCAUAAUCUGCGUGAACGUGUGUCUAGUGAUUUGUGUUCAGGAAGUGGUCAGUGCUUCUGUCGCUGUUGAAUUUACUUUGGGUGUUAUACGAGAGUGACAGCAAAUAAACUCACUCUGGACCCCG